UAGCGAGUGAAAAAAGUCAGUCGAAAAAAAAUGAACGGGACCGGUGCACACAAACAUUGCUUAGUGCUUGAAUUUUAUUAAAAAAAAUCUAUUAUUAUGCACACUUUUUGAAUAUUCAUUUGUUAACAAGUGAAGUGAUAGUUGUUGGGAAUAUACGAACAUUAUUGUUGAUUGAAAAAACAAUUGAAUUUAGUGAAUAAAGUGAAUUAUUGAUUGUCGUGAGCAUAUCUUUGCCACACCCCACCAGCCAUUUUGAUAAACGGGAAGAGAUUUUCUUUUAAUAUACUGUUAGAAAUAAAUCGGAGUGUUGUUUUUAAUUGAAAAAAAGCAAUGGAUCAAAUAACACCGAAGGAGGUGAAAAUCCUCGAGAAUCCUGAGGAUAUUCAGGAAAGGCGUGAUCAAGUUCUUGGACGUUAUGCCAAUUUUAAAUCCGAAGCACGAAGCAAACGAGAUAAACUCGAGGACUCCCGUCGCUUUCAGUAUUUUAAGCGAGAUGCGGAUGAACUCGAGGGAUGGAUUUACGAGAAGUUACAAGCAGCUUCCGACGAAAGCUACAAAGAUCCUACGAAUCUGCAGGCCAAGAUUCAGAAACAUCAGGCUUUCGAGGCAGAAGUUUCUGCACAUUCCAAUGCAAUUGUUUUGCUCGAUAACACCGGUCAGGAGAUGAUUGCUCAACAUCAUUUCUCCAGCGAUGUUAUCAACAAAAGAUGUGAGGAAUUACAUCGUCUUUGGGAACUUUUGCUAUCUCGUUUGGCGGAUAAAGGUCUCAAAUUGCAACAGGCUUUGGUUCUAGUUCAAUUUCUUCGUCACUGCGAAGAAGUGAUGUUCUGGAUCAAAGAUAAAGAGGCAUUCGUGACAAAUGAGGAUUUUGGUCAGGAUUUAGAGCACGUUGAGGUGCUUCAACGGAAAUUUGAUGAAUUUCAAAAGGACAUGGCUAGCCAAGAAUAUCGUGUGACAGAAGUUAAUGAACUUGCCGAUAAACUGCUUCUUAAUGGUCAUCCAGAGCGUGAUACGAUUCUUCGCAAUAAGGAAGAACUUAAUGAAUCAUGGCAGCGUUUGAAACAAUUGGCAAUUCUUCGUCAGGAGAAACUUUUCGGUGCACUUGAAAUUCAACGUUUCAAUCGUGACGCUGAUGAAACAAUGGCAUGGAUCGCUGAGAAAGAUGUCGUCCUCUCGUCCGAUGAUUUUGGUCGUGACCUCGCUAGUGUACAAAUUCUCCAACGCAAACACGAGGGUAUUGAACGUGAUUUAGCAGCACUCGAUGAUAAAGUAACGACAUUGAGUACCGAGGCUAACAGAUUGGCGGCAAUUCAUCAGGCCGAUCAUGCGCAACAAAUAAAAGCGAAACAGAUUGAAAUUUCCCAAUCGUGGGAGAGUCUCACUGGAAAGGCUAAGGAGAGACGAUUGAAAUUGGACGAGUCGUAUGCUUUACAUCGUUUUUUGGCUGAUUAUCGCGAUUUGGUGUCUUGGAUGAAUGACAUGAAGGCGAUUAUUUCGGCUGAUGAGUUGGCGAAGGAUGUCGCUGGCGCUGAAUCACUUUUGGAGAGACAUCAGGAGCAUAAGGGCGAAAUUGACGCGAGAACUGAUAGUUUUGAUUCGACGACAUUGGCCGGUAAUCAACUGGUUGAAAAGAAGCACUAUGCCGCCGAGGAAGUGGCAAGGAAAUUGGAAUCAUUGGCUGAUGAUAAGACGGCGCUUUUGAGUCUUUGGGAGAAGAGGAGAAUUCUUUAUGAACAAUGUAUGGAUCUACAGCUCUUUUAUCGUGAUACUGAGCAAGCUGAUGCUUGGAUGGCGAAACAGGAAGCUUUUCUCGCCAAUGAAGAUCUUGGCGAUUCUUUGGACAGUGUCGAAGCUCUGAGUAAGAAACACGAGGAUUUCGACAAGAGUCUAGCGGCACAGGAUGAGAAAAUUAAGGCUCUUGAUGAAUUUGCCGGAAAAUUGGUCGAAGGUGAACAUUACGCCGCCGAUGACGUCGCGCAGAGACGACAAAUGCUUUUGGAGCGCCGAUCGGUUCUUUUAGACAGAUCCGCACAUCGUCGGCAACGCUUGGAAGAUGCUUACAGGUUACAACAGUUCGAGAGAGAUUGCGACGAGACAAAGGGUUGGAUUUUCGAAAAAUUGAAGUUCGCUACAGAUGACAGUUAUUUGGAUCCAACAAAUUUGAACGGAAAAGUGCAAAAACAUCAGAAUUUCGAACAAGAGUUGAAUGCGAAUAAAACCCGAAUGGAUGAACUUGUUUCGACCGGACAGGAAUUAAUUGAAAGUGAACAUUACGCGAGCGAUCGUAUUCGUUCGAGAACAGAUGAAAUAAUUUCUCUUUGGGAAAGUUUGGCUCAUGCUUCAGAUAAAAAAGGAGCGAAGCUGCAAGAGGCUUCACAGCAACAGCAAUUUAAUCGCACUGUCGAGGAUAUCGAACUUUGGCUCUCGGAAGUUGAGGGUCAAUUAAUGUCGGAAGAUUACGGUAAAGAUUUGACGAGUGUUCAAAAUUUGCAGAAGAAACACGCAUUACUUGAAGCUGAUGUUGGAUCACAUUCAGAUCGUAUCGAAGCCAUUAAUCAAGCAGCUGAGAAUUUCAUCAGUUCGGGACAUUUCGAUGCCGAUAAUAUUAAAACAAAACAAGAUCAGCUACAAAAUCGUUAUUCCGCUCUACAAAAGCCGAUGAGUAUUCGUAAACAGAGAUUACUCGAUUCACUGCAAGUGCAACAAUUGUUCCGCGAUAUUGAGGAUGAGGAGGCUUGGAUCAGAGAAAAGGAACCAGUGGCGGCGAGCACAAAUCGUGGACGUGAUCUCAUUGGUGUUCAGAAUUUGCAAAAGAAACAUCAAGCUGUUUUGGCGGAAAUCAAUAAUCAUGAGCCUAGAGUUGCGGCUGUUUGUCAAGCUGGUAAUAAAAUGUUGCAGGAUGGUCACUUCGCCGCCGAUGAGAUAUCACUGCGUCUCACUGCCUUGGACGAACAUUGGGGACAAUUGAAAGAGAAGGCGCGUCAACGUAAACAGGAUUUGGAUGAUUCAUUGCAGGCUCAUCAGUACUUUGCUGACGCGAACGAAGCCGAAUCGUGGAUGAAGGAGAAACGACCAAUUGUCAUGAAUCCUGAUUAUGGAAAGGAUGAGGAUAGUUCGGAGGCUUUACUCAAGAAGCAUGAAGCACUUGUCAGUGAUUUGGAGGCAUUCGCGAGUACAAUUCAAUCUGUCAGGGAACAAGCGGCCGCCUGCAGACAACAAGAAACACCGACAAUCGACAUCGCUGGUAAGGAAUGUGUCGUAGCUCUCUACGACUAUGCGGAAAAAUCCCCGAGAGAAGUAUCGAUGAAGAAGGGCGACACACUGACUCUACUGAAUUCGAAUAACAAAGAUUGGUGGAAGGUCGAGGUGAACGAUCGUCAAGGUUUCGUUCCAGCCGCCUACGUGAAGCGUGUCGAACCCGAAGCUGGAUUGACAGCCUCCCAGCAGAAUCUCGCCCGCGAACAGAGUUCGAUUGCAGCCCGACAGUCGCAAAUCGAGGCCCAGUACGACGAUCUGAUCGAAUUGGCCAAGGAGAGGCAGAAUAAAUUGAACGAAACAGCGAAGGCCUACGUUCUCGUGAGGGAGGCCGCGGAACUCGCCACCUGGAUCAAAGACAAGGAGAAUCACGCUCAAGUUCAAGACGUUGGCGAAGAUCUCGAACAAGUUGAAGUCAUGCAAAAGAAAUUCGACGAUUUCCAAGCCGAUCUGAAGGCAAACGAAGUUCGUCUCGCCGAAAUGAAUGAAAUUGCUGUCCAAUUAAUGAGCCUUGGACAAACCGAGGCGGCGCUGAAAAUUCACACUCAAAUUCAGGAUUUGAAUGAAAAAUGGACGAGUCUACAGACAUUGACUGCGGAGAAGGCGAGUCAACUUGGAUCAGCGCAUGAGGUGCAAAGAUUCCAUCGUGACGUCGAUGAGACUAAGGAUUGGAUUCGUGAGAAGGACGCUGCAUUGAAUAACGAUGAUCUUGGUAAAGAUUUGCGUAGCGUUCAGGCAUUACAACGUAAACAUGAGGGACUUGAGAGAGAUUUAGCUGCACUUGGUGACAAAAUAAAGCAACUUGACGAAACGGCUAAUCGUUUAAUGCAAUCGCAUCCCGAUACUGCAGAACAAACUUAUGCGAAACAGAAGGAAAUCAACGAAGAAUGGACACAGCUAACCGCAAAGGCCAAUAAUCGAAAGGAAAAAUUGUUAGAUUCUUAUGAUCUUCAGAGAUUCUUGAGUGACUAUCGUGAUUUGAUGGCUUGGAUUAAUUCAAUGAUGGGUCUUGUUGCUUCCGAGGAACUCGCUUCCGACGUCACUGGCGCCGAGGCUUUGCUUGAACGUCAUCAGGAACACCGAAUGGAAAUUGAUGCGAGAGCCGGAACAUUCCAGGCUUUUGAAUUAUUUGGUCAGCAAUUGUUGCAAUCGAGUCAUUAUGCGAGUGUGGAGAUACAAGAAAAAUUGGAAUCAAUGGCCGAGGCUCGCCAGGAAUUGGAGAAAGCGUGGAUCCAACGUCGCAUGCAACUCGAUCAGAACCUUGAAUUACAACUUUUCUGUCGUGAUUGUGAACAGGCGGAGAAUUGGAUGAGUGCCCGCGAGGCAUUCCUGAGUAGCGCCGACACUGUUGACAGUAGUGACAAUGUCGAGGCACUCAUCAAGAAACACGAGGAUUUCGACAAAGCAAUUAAUGCCCACGAGGAGAAAAUUGCUGCACUACAAACAUUAGCCGAUCAAUUGAUAGCCGCCGAGCAUUACGCUUCAAAACCAAUUGACGAUAGACGCUGUCAAGUAUUGGAUCGUUGGCGACACUUGAAAGACGCACUCAUUGAGAAACGUUCGAAACUCGGUGAAUCACAGACUCUGCAACAAUUUUCCCGCGACGCUGACGAAAUGGAGAAUUGGAUUGCUGAGAAAUUACAACUUGCCACUGAGGAGAAUUAUAAGGAUCCGGCGAAUAUUCAGUCGAAGCAUCAGAAACAUCAGGCGUUCGAGGCUGAACUAGCGGCGAAUGCGGAUAGAAUUCAGUCGGUGCUGGCGAUGGGUGGGAAUCUUAUCGAGAAGAGACAGUGCGCUGGUUCGGAGGACGCGGUGCAGAAGAGACUUGCCUCUAUUGCCGAUCAGUGGGAAUAUCUCACUCAAAAGACGACCGAGAAAUCGAUGAAAUUGAAGGAGGCGAAUAAGCAACGGACUUAUAUUGCAGCGGUGAAGGACUUAGAUUUCUGGUUAGGCGAGGUUGAGAGUCUGUUGACGUCGGAAGAUGCCGGUAAAGAUUUAGCGUCGGUGCAGAAUUUAAUGAAGAAACAUCAGCUAGUCGAGGCUGAUAUACAAGCACAUGAGGAGAGGAUUAAGGAUAUGAAUGCACAGGCAGAUUCGUUGAUUGAGAGUGGACAGUUCGAUGCCGCGGGUAUUCAGGAGAAGCGACAGAGUAUCAAUGAAAGAUACGAGAGGAUUCGUAAUCUUGCUGCACAUAGACAAGCGCGAUUGAAUGAGGCGAAUACGCUUCAUCAGUUCUUCCGGGAUAUUGCCGACGAGGAGUCAUGGAUCAAGGAGAAGAAGCUUCUUGUCGGUUCUGAUGAUUAUGGUCGCGAUCUCACAGGUGUGCAGAAUUUGAAGAAGAAACACAAGCGUCUAGAGGCGGAACUCGCGAGUCAUGAACCUGCAAUCCAGGCUGUACAAGAAGCCGGGGAGAAGUUGAUCAACGUUUCGAAUCUAGGAGUUCCGGAGAUUGAGCAACGUUUGAAGUUGUUGAAUCAAGCUUGGGCGGAAUUGAAACAGCUGGCUGCGAAUCGAGGACAGAAACUUGAUGAGUCUUUGACCUAUCAGCAAUUUUUGGCUAAGGUGGAAGAAGAAGAGGCUUGGAUCACUGAGAAGCAGCAAUUGCUCUCUGUUGAGGAUUAUGGUGAUACGAUGGCGGCGGUUCAGGGUCUUUUGAAGAAACACGAUGCAUUUGAGACUGAUUUCGCAGCUCAUGGAGAGCGCUGUAAGGAUAUUUGCGAAGAUGGGGAGAAAUUGAUCAAGGAUGGAAAUCAUCGUGCCGAAUCGAUUGAUCAACGUUGCAAUCAGUUGAGAAAUAAGUUGGAGCAACUUGGAGCACUUGCUGAUAGAAGAAAGACACGUUUGAAUGAUAAUUCGGCGUACUUGCAAUUUAUGUGGAAGGCGGACGUUGUCGAGUCUUGGAUCGCCGAUAAGGAGACUCAUGUACGCUCGGAAGAAUUUGGUCGCGAUUUAUCAACAGUGCAGACAUUGUUGACUAAACAGGAGACUUUCGAUGCGGGUCUUCACGCUUUCGAGCACGAGGGGAUUCAAAAUAUUACCAGUUUGAAGGAAAUGCUUGUGGAUGCUGGUCAUGAUCAGACACCAAGUAUUCAGAAACGUCACGCUGACGUGAUUGCCCGCUGGCAGAAAUUGUUGGCCGACUCCGAAGCGAGAAAACAACGACUCCUGAGAAUGCAGGAUCAAUUCCGACAAAUUGAAGAACUUUACCUGACAUUCGCGAAGAAGGCCUCGGCAUUCAAUUCAUGGUUCGAGAACGCAGAGGAAGAUUUGACAGAUCCGGUUCGUUGUAACAGUAUCGAGGAAAUCCGUGCAUUACGUGAAGCGCACGCACAAUUCCAAGCGAGUCUCUCAUCAGCCGAAGCUGAUUUCCAAGCACUCGCCGCACUCGAUCGACAGAUUAAGAGUUUCAACGUGGGACCAAAUCCGUACACUUGGUUCACAAUGGAAGCUUUGGAAGACACAUGGAGAAAUCUGCAGAAGAUCAUCAAAGAAAGAGAUGUUGAACUCGCGAAGGAGGCGCAACGACAGGAGGAAAAUGAUAAAUUGCGAAAGGAGUUUGCAAAACACGCGAACGCUUUCCAUUUGUGGUUGGCUGACACAAGAACGUCAAUGAUGGAAGGUUCGGGUUCAUUGGAACAACAGUUGGAGGCAACGAAGAGAAAGACACAGGAGGUGCGCGCAAGAAGGCAAGAUCUGAAGAAAAUUGAGGAUCUUGGAGCAAUAUUGGAGGAGCAUUUGAUUCUCGAUAAUAGAUACACGGAGCACAGUACUGUUGGAUUGGCGCAGCAAUGGGAUCAACUUGAUCAGCUCGGCAUGAGAAUGCAACACAAUUUAGAACAACAAAUUCAAGCACGUAAUCAAUCCGGUGUCAGUGAGGAUGCACUCAAGGAAUUCUCCAUGAUGUUCAAGCACUUUGACAAAGAUAAGAGUGGACGAUUAAAUCACCAGGAGUUCAAGUCCUGUCUCAGGGCCUUGGGCUACGAUCUUCCGAUGGUCGAGGAAGGACAACCUGAUCCUGAAUUCGAAAAUAUUCUAGAUAUCGUUGAUCCGAAUAGAGACGGUUUUGUCUCCCUUCAAGAAUACAUGGCGUUCAUGAUUAGUAAGGAAACUGAAAAUGUCCAAAGUUCCGAAGAAAUUGAGAAUGCAUUCCGUGCCAUCACAGCAGCAGAUCGUCCUUACGUCACCAAGGAAGAAUUAUAUGCUAAUCUUACAAAAGAAAUGGCGGACUACUGCGUGGCAAGAAUGAAAUCUUACGUGGAUCCAAAAACAGAACGACCAAUUACUGGAGCUUUGGAUUAUAUAGAAUUUACUCAUACCCUCUUCCAAAAUUAAUAAUCAACAAGACAAAUUUAGAUAUUAGAGCUUUCGUAUUGAUAGUAUUAUCAAAUUCUUCAACACACUGCAUUAUUAUAUAGAGAUUCUAUUUAAAGGUAUAAAUUUUUAAGAGUUCAAUUACUGCAGCUAUAUAUUUUUUUCUUUUUCUCAUAAAAUAGUAUUUGCUAUAUGUACUAAAACAAUUGUGUAGUUUAUUAUAUUUAUAUUAAAUUAUAAACAGUUCUUUAUUGAAAUUAUUAAAAUAGAAAAUAUAUAUGAAAAAAUAUUUUGGGCUUUUUAGAAUUAAAGUGAAAUUAUUUGAAAAUAGUAUUCUAUUUUUUUUGUGGAAAAAUAAAAUUAUUAAAUCAACUACCUAUCUUCGAAAAGUUAUUAAUAUAAAUGAAUGUAGAUUUACGCUUGGUUACACUGGCUUAAUAAAGAACAAAUAUAAAUAAA